AUGGCUUCCACGGUUGGUGCCAUCUUUGGCGGCUUGAUGAAUGGAUACUUUGCAUCCAAGUACGGCUAUCGAUGGGUCAUGAUUGGCGCCAUGUUGUUCCUGAACUGCUUCAUCUUUGUCGUCUUCUUUGCACACUCUGCCGCCAUGCUUUUGAUUGGACAAAUCCUUUGCGGCCUUUCUUGGGGUGUUUUCGCAACUCUCAGUCCGGCCUAUGCUUCCGAAGUCUGUCCUACUAACCUUCGAGGAUAUAUGACUACCUAUGUCAACCUUUGCUGGGCGACCGGUCAGCUUAUUGCUGCUGGCGUGCUCCGUGGGUGUCUUAGCAUUGAAGGAGAAAUGGCCUAUCGAAUCCCCUUUGCAAUUCAAUGGCUAUGGCCUAUCCCUUUGAUAGUCGUUUCAUAUCUUGCACCCGAAAGUCCAUGGUAUCUAGUUCGAAAAGACCGCCUCGAAGACGCCAGGAGGGCCAUCGAGAGGCUCAGCGGCGACAAGACUCAAGACCAAAUCAGUGCUCAGUUGGCAAUGGUGGUUCACACGACCAAGGUCGAGGAGGGAGUGACUGGCGGUGUGACAUACCUCGAUUGCUUCAGUGGCAUUGACCGCCGACGCACAGAGAUCUGCUGCGUUGCAUUUGCAGGACAAGUCAUGUCUGGGAGCAGCUUUGCUUAUACCCCGACGUAUUUUUUCACCACUGCUGGAAUGAAAACGGCGAAUGCGUUUGAACUGAGCUUGGGGGCAAAGGGCAUGGCCUUUAUUGGGACUGUUCUAUCAUGGUGGCUCAUCACUCACUGGGGACGUCGUGCCAUAUAUGUUACAGGGAUCGGAGCUCUCACCGUCAUUUUGUUCAUCAUAGGCAUUCUUGAUAUAUCAGCUGGCGAGAAAGGCCUUUGGCCUUCUGGUGGUCUCUGCGUGCUGUGGCUUUUUACUUAUUCCCUUACCAUUGGUCCAAUUACUUAUAGCAUCAUCAGCGAGACUUCGUCGGUUCGACUCCGCCCACUGACUGUCGUGCUGUCGAGAAAUGCUUAUCAGCUUGUCAACAUCGUUUCACAAGUCCUUCAGACCUAUAUGAUGAACCCUACGGAGUGGAAUUUGAGAGGUAAAGCAGGCUUCUUCUGGGCAGCCACCGCUGGGAUCAUCUUCGUGUGGUCAUUCUUCCGCCUGCCCGAGUGUAAAGGCCGUACGUAUGAGGAAUUGGACAUGUUAUUUGCCAGAGAGGUCCAGGCCAGAGAAUUUGCAAAGGCUCAUGUAGAUGCUUACGAAGGUUCGGAUCAUAUUGAAGAUGUGACGGAUGCAACACCGCGGAAGGAUGAGCUCUGA